CCUGCUUUUUAGAUACCUUUAAUAUAGAUUAUUUUAUAUAAUGUGUAUCAUUAUCUUUCUGUAGAAAAUGUCUGAAAAUUUACACAGGUAAUUUUAGGCUUGUAUUGCUUAAUUUGUAAAUGAAAAAUGUUAUAUUUUCCUUUUAUUUAUAUGUAUAUAUUUACAUAUAUGCUAUAUACAUAUAUGAUGUAAAUAUAGAUAUGUGCUGCAUGAUUUAAAUCCUUAAAAAUGUACAGCAACUUCUGUCACAGCCUAGGGUGUUUCCUACUUUGGCAAAGUCCACGUGAGGACUUUGAGAUAAAUGGAGUAACCCCACAAAUGUUUUCUCUUUCACCAUUUUGAUACUAAAACAGAUUCUAUCAACUUGUCUGUCUGAAAUCAUAUGACAACCUUUAUCUGCAUUUGAAAUAAACCUUAAAUAACUUAUUCUGAAGUUAGCAUUAAUAAUAUUUGGAAAUAAAUUCAGAUAUUAUCUUCAAAGACAAAGCUUAAACUUAGAAAAAUAUUUGCCUAUUUUUGAGGUUUGAUUUAAGCUAGGAAGUUUUUACAUAUUUCAUUUCUGUCCAGAUUUGAUUUUCCCUUUUGGUGAUAUGGUCUCAGUUUACACUUUGUGCUUUUUCCCCCAGAGGGUAGGAUUCUCUAAGUCCUGUUCCACAUGGUGAUAGUUCUGGUACCAUCUCUGGAGAUAAUGACUCUACCCUCAAAAUUAUGAUUAAUGUUCCAAUGAAUUUAAUUAGACCAAAAUCACCCUUGGAGAUGGACCUACUGAAUGCCUCACCUGUAUGUACUGCGGUUAAAUACAGACCAGGUGUUGACAGCCCUUUGCCUUUAACCUGAGGAGUGUUUGUCUGCAGUAGCAAUCACAUGACAGACCUACUAGAAUUAAAAUGAUGGACUCAGAACAUGAUAAAGUGUAUGUAUGAAAUCAUUCCCAUCCUUCAGGAAACCCAAAAUUCAACAAUGCUGUUUGAAGACAGGACAAUAUAAGUGGGAAUCGAAGUUUUGCAAAGUCCCUUUCACUGUCACCAGUAUAGACACAAGCAGCAAAUUAAUCUUUUUGCUUUACUCAAUCCUUACAUAAUGUGAAGUUCUCUCUCUCUCUCUCUCUCUCUCUCUGAUUAAAAUGGUGAGUUAACAUUUGUUUGUUAUCAGGACAAAUUCUGAUGAUAGUAAACAUUUUGAGCUUCUUUUCACAAUGAAGACUCAGAGUUCCUUAGGUAACAGGACAUUCAUAUUCAUUUUGAAAAUUCCAAUAAUUGAAAAGUAUUUUUUUUUCUGAAUGUCUGAGAUGAAUUACACUUCCUGCAAGAUUGACUCAAAAUCCAGUGAUGCUGAAUGUACCUUGCUCAUUAUUUUGCCAGAGAUGGCAUCAGUGCAUGAAGGACUAAUGGCAUCAGUGCAUGAAGGACUGAAGAGAUGGCACCAGAGCUCAGAACAUGGAUUGAAUAACUUUCAUCUUCUGCAGCAUUGGCCACAGGAAGCAGUUCAAGGUGCUGUGAGGCUGCAUGAAUCUCUCUCUGCAUUAACCAGAGACAGACAGCAUCAGUGCGUGAAGGACAAGCAGGAAGGAACCAGAGCCCAGACAUGGAUUGAGCAGCUUUCUUCAUAGACAGGUAAGUCAGGCCCCAGGAAGCUGUUCCUUGCUGAAUGGAUGUCCUCAGGCCUCCCAACAAUGUGACUGCAUUUGUUCUCCUGGGACUCACACAGAAUCCACACUUGCAGAAAAUCCUCUUCAUUGUCUUUCUGUUCGUUUUUUUAUUCACUGUGCUGGCCAAUCUGCUCAUUGUCAUCACCAUCUCCCUCAGCCCCACACUUUCUGCUCCCAUGUACUUCUUCCUCACUUACUUGGCUUUAUUAGAUGCCUCCUUCACCUCAGUCACCACGCCUAGAUUGAUCAUUGACCUGCUGUUCCAAAGGAGAACCAUCUCCUGGCGAGGAUGCCUGACUCAGAUCUUUUUGGAGCACUUCCUGGCAGCAUCAGAGAUCAUUGUCCUCAUGGCCAUGGCCUAUGACCGCUACGUGGCCAUCUGCAAGCCUCUGCACUACACGACCAUCAUGCGACAGGGGCUCUGCCAGCUCCUGGUGGUGGUGGCCUGGAUCGGGGGGAUCCUGCAUGCCACCGUGCAGAUUCUUUUCACCAUGGACUUGACCUUCUGUGGUCCCAACGUCAUUGACCACUUCAGGUGUGAUUUCUUCUCACUGUUGGAACUUGCCUGCAGCGACACCUACAGGCUGGGAAUGGUGGUGGCAGCCAACAGUGGGGGCAUGUGCUUACUGAUUUUUUCCAUGCUGCUCAUUUCCUACAUAGCCAUCCUGAGCUCCCUGAAAUCCCAUGGCUCUAAAGGACGGCGGAGAGCCCUCUCUACAUGUGGCUCCCACUUUACAGUAGUGGUGCUCUUUUUUGUGCCUUGUGUGUUCACCUACAUGCGUCCUGUGGCCACGUACCCUGUGGACAAGUGGGUGGCUAUGUUCUUUGCAAUCCUCACACUGUUAAACCCUAUUAUUUACACAGUGAGAAACACAGAGGUGAAAAAUGCCAUGAGGAGUCUGAUGAAGAAGAGAGUAACUUAGGCUGUUCACGAUACCAAGAAAGUGAUGAUUAUAUACAUAUAUAGGGAGGAUUAUACAUGCUGCAGAUUGUGAAAGUAAAUUAGCAAAUUUUGCAGAUUAUUGACAAAAGUGGCCUAGAAAAUAGGCAUUUUGAAAACUUUUUAAAAUACUUUGCCAAGACUUGUAUAUUCAUACUCAGUUUCAGAAUAGCCAAUGGGAAGAAUAUCAAAAAUAAGCCCCUAGUUUAUUUAUUGUAGAGUAUAUUCUUCCAGUGUGUUAUUAUUAAUUUUUAAAGAUUAUUCAGAUAAGUUACUUGGAUGAAAUUGAUUUUUUCAUAUGACCUUCAUGUCAGAAACCUUGUUUUUGCAUAGCCUGUGGUCCAGCCAGUAAGGAACAGAUAUACUUAGAUACAUGUGUGGCAGGGAGAGUUGCGGAAGUUUAAGAAUCAGGGUUGAAUUUUCUAUUAAUUUUCCAAAAUCAGCAAGAGGAAACACCUAGAAAAAGAGAUAAUAAUAACUCACAAACUAUUUCUUUUUUUGGCACAAAAAUUAAGCCAGAAACUUUGAAAUUAUUCUUUAUUUGCUCUUAUUUUAUAAAGUAUCUUCAUGACUCAGAGCUUUUCUUGAACACGAAGGAAAUGUUUCUUUUUAUGUCUCAAGACUUGAGGAACCAUUUGAAACUAGAAGGGUAAGCAUCUUUUAUUAAAUUUCAAUAGAAAAUCGUAUGGGUAGAUCCCAAAGCUCUAGAUCUAUACAUCUGAUACAUAUGUUUACAUUAAUUGAACCUUUUAUUAAUAUUAUCUGUCCAGCAUCUUUGUUUCAGCUGAUUUUGUCAUGUACUAAGCUGGUGGUUCCAUUAUCAUUAACCCCACUUUGUUGCUGUUGUUUGGUUGUUAAAUCAUGUCCAG